AUGAUUUUUGAUAAAUUUAUGAGUGAAGCCUUCGUUGAAGCAAGACGUGCUCUCUCGGUUGGUGAAGUUCCAGUUGGUUGUGUAUUUGUUUACCGUGGAAACAUUAUAGCCAGAGGAGCAAAUGAAGUAAAUGCCACCAAAAAUGCAACACGCCAUGCUGAAUUUGUGUGCAUAGACCAGAUUUUGGAAUAUUGCGUUAAAAAUGGCCUUAGCCAUGAAGAUGUAUUCCCUGAAAUUUCUGUAGUGGUUACCGUAGAACCUUGUAUUAUGUGUUCGGCUGCGUUGCAUGAUCUUAAAGUUAAGGAAAUCAUAUAUGGUUGUGCAAAUGAUCGUUUCGGUGGCAAGACAGUUGUUGAUGUUCCACAAGUGGUGAAUUAUCAUGUGAAGGUGGAGGGUGGCCUGUGUGCCGAAGAGGCAAUGGAUUUAUUAAAGGAAUUCUACAAGGGUGAAAAUCCCUCAGCACCAGUUGCAAAAAGUAAAAGAUAGUAAAU